AGAGAAGCAGAGCGCCAAUCCCUGCAUUCCUGCCACAAACGGUGGGGCAAGAUGCGAGAUGCACUUUCAUAAUUCGCACCGCGGCACUUUUGUGUGAUCAAAACGUAUUUUUUGCCUUCUCUUGACUUCACGAGUGGAUUCUUGUUUUUGUUUUUUUGUGUUUGAGGGUUUUUGGAGUGUAUCUGGAGUCGAUCAAUUAAGAUUUGGCCGAAUGCGAACGUGCGUGCACAAUUGGUUUUCCAAUUGACACUUCAGGUCCACUUGAGCUGCGGGAUCAAUCUAAGUUGACAUGGCUUUAGUGGUGCGCCUGAAGACCGUCUCCUUCUUGAGGGGGAAAGCGGACCGAGUCGCCAAAGUAACGUUUCGAGGUCUGCCGUUCUUCACACGUAUCCUGGAGGCCUGUGAGGAUGAAGCCAGAUUUGAACAGGUGUUCCGCUGGCCCAUCGGCAGUGUGGUGGACGGUAACGAGAUGCUGGAGGUGCAGGUCUUCAACUUCAGCAAGGUCUUCACCAACAGGCUCAUCGGUACGUUCCGUAUGGUUCUACAGAAGGUGGUGGAAGAGGGCUAUCUGGAGGUGUCUGAUACACUUCUCGAUGACAACAACACAGCUAUACCAACCACCGUCUCUUUAGAGCUCCGGUACCAGACCAUGGACAUGAGUGUACGGGUCUGGAACGACGGGGAGUUCCUGGGCCUUCCGGAAGAUUCCGAUGGGAUGUUCCAGUUUGAGACGGACAGUCUGAUAUCGGGACAGAGCCCCAGUUCCUCUGUGUCGCCAGGGCGUCGCUCCAUGCACAGCUCUAUCCCCGCUUUCAGGAAAGCAGGAAAAGGUGUUUUCUCCGCCAUGAAGCUUGGGAAAAAUCGACUCUAUAAAGACGAUCACAAAAGAUCAUGUUCAGACGAUGCUGCUGUGCUGGAGACGGAGGAUCUGGACCGCAAGGCCAUGCGCCUGGGGGGUGCUCUGGACCCGGACACCAUCUCCCUCGCCUCCGUCACCGCGGUAACGACCAACGUCUCCAAUAAGAGGUCCAAGCCUGAUAUAAAGAUGGAGCCUAGUUCUGGACGUCCAGUGGAUUAUCAGAUCAGUGUGACGGUGAUCGAGGCUCGGCAGCUGGUGGGCCUGAACAUGGAUCCUGUGGUGUGUGUGGAGAUAGGGGAUGACAAGAAGUACACAUCCAUGAAGGAGUCCACCAACUGCCCUUACUAUAACGAGUACUUUGUGUUCGACUUCCACGUCCCGCCAGAUGUGAUGUUUGACAAAAUCCUAAAAAUCUCGGUGAUCCACUCUAAGAACCUGCUCCGCAGUGGAACUCUGGUGGGAACAUUCAAGAUGGACGUGGGCACCGUCUACUCACAACCUGAUCACCAGUUUUACCAUAAGUGGGCCAUGCUGUCCGACCCGGAUGACAUAACCGCAGGCUGCAAAGGCUACGUGAAGUGUGACAUCGCCGUGGUGGGGAAAGGAGACAACAUCAAGACCCCUCACAAGGCCAACGAAGCAGAGGAAGAGGAUGACAUUGAAGGGAACCUGCUCCUGCCAGAGGGCGUGCCUGCUGAGAGGCAGUGGGCUCGGUACUACGUCAAGAUCUACCGGGCCGAGGGCCUGCCCAAGAUGAACACCAACAUCAUGGCCAACGUGAAGAAGGCUCUCAUCGGGGAGAACCGUGACCUGGUGGACCCCUACGUGCAGGUGCAAUUCUCUGGACAGAAGGGCAAGACCUCCGUUCAGAAGAGCAGCUACGAGCCCAUUUGGAACGAGCAGGUCAUCUUCACCGAGAUGUUCCCGCCCAUGUGCAAGCGCAUCAAGGUCCAGAUCCGAGACUCCGACAAGGUCAAUGACGUGGCCAUCGGAACGCACUUCAUUGACCUGCGCAAGAUUGCAAAUGACGGAGAUAAAGGCUUCCUGCCCACCAUGGGCCCUGCGUGGGUGAACAUGUACGGCUCCACGCGUAACUACACCCUGAUGGACGAGCACCAGGACCUGAACGACGGGCUGGGCGAGGGCGUGUCCUUCAGAGCCCGUCUCCUGAUUGGUGUUGCCGUGGAGAUCCUGGACACCACCUCCCUGGACAUCGUGAGCUCCACAGAGGUGCAGAUGGAGCCCGUGUCUAACAUCUCAGAGAGUGCUACGGGGAAGGUGGAGGAGUUCUUCCUCUUCGGAGCUUUCCUGGAGGCCACCAUGAUUGACAGGAAGAUCGGAGACAAGCCAAUCAGCUUCGAGGUCACGAUAGGUAACUACGGUAACCUGAUUGACGGGGUGAGCAAGCCGCCCUCCUCGGGGAGGAAGAGGAAGAAAGAUGGCGGCACAGAGAGCGACGAGGAGGAGUCGGAGCUCAUCCAGCAGCACUCCAGCGACGAGGAGGCAGAAGACAACGGCGACCUGGUGUCAGUGUCCUCCACGCCCGCCAUGAAGCCCGUCAUCACUGACAGGAACUACUUCAGCCUGCCCUACUUUGCGAAGAAGCCGUGCAUCUACAUCAAGAGCUGGUGGCAAGACCAAAGGCGGCGACUCUACAACUCCAACAUCAUGGACAAGAUUGCAGAUAAGCUGGAGGAGGGCCUGAAUGAUGUGCAGGAGAUGAUUAAGACAGAGAAGGCCUACCCUGAGCGCCGGCUGAGAGGGGUACUGGAGGAACUCAGCACUGGAUGCAGCCGCUAUGUCACACUGGCCAACAAGGACCAGAACCUGCCGGGGAGAACCAAGCUGGACCGCGAGAGGCUCAAGUCCUGCAUGAGGGAGAUGGAUAAUCUGAGCCAGCAGGCGAAGGCUAUCCGCUCGCAGGUGAAGAAGAACACUGUCAGAGACAAGCUCAAGCUGGUGCACAACUUCCUGCAGAGGCUGAGAUUCCUGGCGGAGGAGCCCCAGCACAGCAUUCCUGACGUCUUCAUUUGGAUGCUGAGCAACACCAAGCGUGUGGCGUACGCCCGUGUGCCCUCCAAAGACAUCCUGCACUCCAUCGUGGGCGAGGAGACGGGCAAGGACUGUGCCAAAGUCAAGACCGUCUUCCUCCGGCUGCCAGGUAAGAAGGGCUUUGGGCCUGCAGGCUGGACGGUGCAGGCCAAGCUGGAGGUCUACCUGUGGCUGGGCCUCAACAAGCAGCGCAAGGACUUCCUCAGCGGCCUGCCCAGCGGCUACGAGGAGAACAAGGCCGACAAGACCACCGGCCUGCCCUCCGUGCCCCCCAUCAGCCUGGUCUACAGCAUGAAACAGGUCUUUCAGCUGAGGGCCCACAUGUACCAGGCGCGAAGCCUGUUUGCCGCCGAUAGCAGCGGCCUCUCCGAUCCCUUCGCCAGAGUCUUCUUCUCCACCUACAGUCAGGUCACAGAGGUGCUGAGCGAGACCUUGUGUCCUACGUGGGAUCAGCUGCUGGUGUUUGACAAUGUGGAGCUGUACGGGGAGGUGGGGGAGCUGCGUGACGACCCGCCCAUCAUCGUCAUCGAACUCUACGACCAGGACACGGUGGGCAAGGCGGAGUUCAUUGGCCGGUCGUUUGCCAAGCCCCUGACCAAGAUGAUUGACGAGCACUAUGGGCCGCCCCGCUUCCCCCCUCAGCUGGAGUACUACCAGGUCUUCAGGGGCAACUGCUGGGCCGGCGAGCUGCUUGCUGCCUUUGAGCUGCUCCAGGUGCCCUAUGACGAUGAGGAGAUACGGAGGGCUCUAAUCGCUGUGCAUAACUUUGCUGUUCCUCAGAUCAAGGUGGGGGCGGCUGGUAAAAGUGGCUUGCCGCCCAUCAUCGGGCCAACAGACUCGGACAGAGGGCCCAUCCUGCCUGUCCCGCUCGGAAUCCGGCCCAUUCUCAGUCGGUACAGAAUUGAGGUGUUGUUCUGGGGCCUGAGGGAUCUGAAGCGGGUGAACCUGGCCCAAGUGGACCGUCCGCGAGUGGACAUCGAGUGCGCUGGACGAGGGGUGCAGUCUUGCCUCAUCCAGAACUACAAGAAGAACCCCAACUUCAGCACCCUUGUCAAAUGGUUUGAAGUGGACCUGCCAGAGAACGAGCUGCUGCACCCUCCCCUGAACAUCCGGGUGGUGGACUGCCGAGCAUUCGGCCGCUACACCCUGGUGGGCACGCACACCGUCACCAGCCUCCGCAAGUUCCUCUACACCCCGCCAGACAAGAGAGAGAGCUCCGUUAGCAACUGGGGCCACACAGCUAGCCUCCUGAAUGGCUACACCACUCUGACCAAUGGGGCGUCCCGCUCUCGCUCCCACUCCCGCACCCCCUCUCGCCCCCCAGGUGAUGUCACUGUGGAGCUGGAGAUGAGCGUCAUGAGGAUGGAGACCAUCGUGAAGCUGGACGCCAUGUCUGAUGCAGUUGUUAAAAUUGAUAUGGUACAGAAUGAAGAGGAGAAGGAGAAGGAGAAGGAGGGCAAGAAGAAGAAGAAAAAGAAGAAGGGAGAAGAGGCGGAGGAGGAGGAGUUAGACGAGAGCACGCUGGACUGGUGGUCCAAGUACUUUGCCUCCAUAGACACCAUGAUGGUGGCGCUGCGGGCCCAGGAGGCAGCCCAGGCUGAGGCCGAUGAGAAGGAGGAGCUGGAGAUCGCUGCAGAGGGAGGAGCAGGCACACUCAAUCUUAAAGUCGAUGACUGCUCUCUGAAAGGGCCAAGGCUGCGCGAGAAGUCGAGGGACAGGUUCAAGGUCACCAAGGACAAGCGGAAGAGCCAUCCACAUCCUGCAGACGCCCCGGAUAAGAGGCUGCCUGUCAAGCCCAGAGUGGACGAGCUGAUGGCGUAUAACAGGGAGCUGGAGAGCGAGUUCAGCAACUUUGAGGACUGGCUGCACACCUUCAGCCUCUACAGGGGCAAAGCUGGCGACGAUGAGGAGCAUCACAUGGCGGACGAUGACAGGAUCGUGGGCAGAUUCAAGGGGUCCCUGUGCCUGUACAAGCUGCCCCUGUCAGACGAGUUCUGCAGAGAGGCAGGCUUCGACCCCAACAUGGGCAUGUUCCAGAACAUUCCCCACAAUGACCCAAUCAACGUGCUCGUCAGAGUGUAUGUGGUCCGGGCCACUGACUUACAUCCAGCUGACAUCAAUGGCAAAGCCGACCCCUACAUCGCCAUCAAACUGGGGAAGACAGAGCUGAAGGACAAGGAGAAUUAUAUCUCCAAACAACUCAAUCCCGUUUUUGGAAAGUCCUUUGACAUCGAGGCCACGUUCCCCAUGGAGUCCAUGCUGACUGUGUCUGUGUACGACUGGGAUCUGGUGGGCACAGACGACCUGAUUGGCGAGACCAGGAUCGACCUGGAGAACCGCUACUACAGCAAGCACAGGGCCACCUGCGGCGUAGCAGCCAACUACUCUGUCCAUGGUUACAACAUAUGGCGGGACCCUCAGAAGCCGACCCAGAUCCUGGCCAAGCUGUGCAAGGACGGCAAGCUGGAUGGGCCACACUACGGGCCGGGGGGCAGGGUGAAGGUGGCCGGACGCAUCUUCACCGGACCCACUGAGAUGGAAGAUGAGAAUGGGCUGAAGAAGCAGACAGAGGAGCACCUGGCCCUGACGGUGCUGAGGCACUGGGAGGACAUGCCGCGAGUGGGCUGCAGACUCAUCCCAGAACACGUGGAGACGCGGCCACUACACCACCCAGACAAACCUGGCAUUGAACAGGGUCGUCUCGAGAUGUGGGUAGACAUGUUUCCCAUGGACAUGCCUGCGCCAGGACCCGCCGUCGACAUCUCGCCACGGAAACCAAAGAGUUUUGAGCUGCGCGUUAUAAUUUGGAACACUGAUGACGUAGUUCUAGAAGACGAUGCGUUCAUGACAGGAGAGAAGAUGUCUGACAUCUAUGUCAGGGGCUGGCUGAAGGGCCAACAAGAGGACAAGCAGGACACGGACGUGCACUACCACUCCCUGACAGGAGAGGGCAACUUCAACUGGCGCUACGUCUUCCCCUUCGACUACCUGAUGGCCGAGGAGAAGAUUGUCAUGUCCAAGAAGGAGUCCAUGUUCUCCUGGGACGAGACGGAGUACAAGAUCCCGGCGCGCCUUACACUGCAGGUCUGGGACGCCGACCACUUCUCUGCAGACGACUUCCUGGGUGCCAUUGAGCUAGACCUGAACCGGUUCCCGCGUGGGGCCAAGACGGCUAAGCAGUGCUCUCUGGACAUGGUGCUGAAGGCCCAAGACAUGCCCACCAUCUCCAUCUUCAAGCAGAAGAGGGUGAAGGGCUGGUGGCCAUUCGCGGCCCGGGACGAGAACGACGAGCUCACGCUAACGGGCAAGGUGGAGGCAGAGCUUCACCUGAUGACUGCAGAGGAGGCCGAGAAGAGUCCCGUGGGGCUGGGCCGCAACGAGCCUGACCCCCUGGAGAAACCCAACCGGCCCAGUAACAGCCUGGCGUGGCUGCUGAUGAGCCCGCUGCGGGUGACCUGCCUGCUGGCCUGGCGCCAGUACCGCCUCCACUUCCUGGUCCUGCUGCUGCUGCUGCUCACCCUCCUCUUCCUCGCCCUGCUCUUCACCUCCAUGCCAUCAGCCCUCAGCAUGAAGAUCUUCAACCUGCCAGGCUGAUGCAGGUGUAGCCUAUGCAGUGCAUUGCACACACAAGAAGAGAUGUGCAUACACAUAAAGAAGGGGUGGGGAACCUAUGUCUUGAGGGCCAUUUACGGCCCUUGAGGGAGUCUUAUCUGGCCCCCGAUAUGAUGUUAUGCAGCUUCACAUGAAAUGUGACAUGUUUUGUAAAGGAAUCUUUGAAAAUACAUUUGCAAUACAAUUACUGUAAGUUAUAUUUCAGGGGACCUACAGUAGAGAAGAUGUGGUCUUUUUUUAAAGUAGUCUGGCCCUCGGAGGACUUUCACAACCCUUGGAGGAAAUUGAAGUGGCCCCUCGAAUAAAAAAGGUUCUCCACACCUGACAUAAGGAAACGCACAUACAUGCAUGUAAAUCCAUGCCCAUGC